AUGUGUAAUAUGCUAACCUAAGAAAUGUAACAACAUUUUUACUUUUGGUAAUAAAAUUUAACUUUUACCAAUAAAAAGUGAAAAAGGAAAAGGGUAGAAUCUACUUUGAGUUACAAAUCACACAAAAAUCUUAAUUACAUCUUGAUAAUAUUCUAACACUAGUUAUUUUCCAUAUGUAUGGUAGUAAUCGAUUGUGUUUCCCUUAUAUGUUCAUUAAACAUUCAAUGUCAUAAAUAUUCUUAUCUUGUUACCCUAUAAAUAAAGAAGCUCAAACGCUCGACUUUACCUCAACUAAACCAAAAGGUUAAGAAAAAAAAAAGUGAGAUCGAUCGGGAUGGCGUCUAGGUUUCUGAUCUUGUGUGUCUCGUCUCUCUUCUUCUUCUUCCUCACCGUCUCAAGUGCUCCCACGAGUGGAUAUUACAAAGGAGAUAAGGUCUUCGACGUCAGAAACUACGGUGCUCACGGCGACGGCAAAACAGACGACGCUAUGGCGAUUACAAAGGCCUGGAACGAUGCUUGUCAAUGGAGUGGUGGAAGCUCAACGGUCUAUAUACCUCUUGGAACAUUCUAUCUCAGUCAAAUAACUCUCUCUGGUCCUUGUAAAAGUUAUAUCACCUUUAUAAUCACCGGAACCUUGUCGGCUCCUCGGGAUCCUAACCUCAUCAAACAAGAAGAAUGGAUAGAGUUCCGGUACGUAGACAAUCUCACCGUUACGGGAGGAGGGUUACUUGAUGGUCAAGGAUCUUACUCUUGGUCCCUCAAUGAUUGCGACAAAAACCCUAAGUGUCGUACACUAGCUAUCAACAUAGGGUUUGCGUUCGUUAGAUACUCGAGGAUCAACGGUGUGAGAUCUAUCAACAGCAAAAUGGGUCACUUCAACUUAUUCUCGGUCGAGGAUUUUAACAUUACAGGCGUGACCAUCACGGCUCCUGGAGAUAGCCCUAAUACCGACGGUAUCAAGAUUGGUAAAUCCAAGGAUAUGCAUAUUUACAACGUCACCAUAGCAACCGGUGACGACUGCAUCGCAAUACUUGACGGAACUACCAACUUGGAUAUCUCUAAUGUCAGGUGCGGACCAGGGCACGGGAUUAGUGUCGGAAGCCUUGGCCGGUAUAAAGAUGAGAAGAACGUCGAGGGCUUAACCGUGAGAAACUCGGUUUUCAACGGUACAACCGACGGUUUACGGAUCAAAACAUAUGCUAAGUCGGUCUCGGAGAUUUCGGUUUCGAACUUCGUGUACGAUAAUAUCCAAAUGGUCAAUGUCGGAAACCCUAUCGUCAUCGAUCAACAGUAUUGUCCUCAUGGACAAUGCGAUAGUCCUGGAAAGUAUAAUUCUCAUGUUCAGAUCAGGAACGUGAAGUACAACAAAAUCUGGGGAACUUCGACGAGCCAAGCGGCUUUGAACAUGCAGUGUAGUAAAACGUUUCCUUGUCAGGACGUUGAGCUUUCAAAUAUCAACUUGAUGUACAAUGGGAGGGAUGGCUUGGCGACUGCUUUGUGUGAGAACGUUGGUGGUUCGGUUCGUGGGAAGAUUGUGCCUUCUGGUUGUCGGAUUUGAUGAUUCAAGAUUAAGCAUCUGUUUAUUUUGGAUAUUUUAGUAAGAUCAUAGGACUAGUGUUUUAGUUGGUUGUCCUCGAUGCAAUAAUGAAGCUAAGAUACAACCUAAUACGUAUAAAACAUCCAAAUAUAUUUAUAAAUUUGGGAUGUGAAAGGUGUCUGCAGUUUCUUGUAUCAUUCUAUUUUUUUUUUUAACACAAGAU